AUGAAGAUGUUUCCUCCCUCCGACACCUUUUAUUGGUACAAGAAUGAAGACGUUUCCUCGUACCGAGGUGGCUUGAAGCUGUGGAACCAUCAUCAUUAUCAAUACCAACCGGAACACGACCUCAUACCUCAAGCAAGGCCUCUCUUCCACCAAGAUCUUUAUAGCUCCGCGGCUGCUGUAGGAGUGUGUCUAACCACCGUGUUCAAAGAUCAGUCACUCGCCUUCCUGGUGACGACGUCGGCCGUGGGGAGCGGAGCAGCAAGUGGAGCAGGAAGUGGAGCAGGUGGGAUUAGCUGCCAGGACUGCGAGAGCCAGGCGAAGAAGGAUUGCCCUCACAUGCGGUGCAGGACAUGCUGCAAGAGCCAUGGAUUCGAUUGCCAAAUCCAUGUGAAGAGCACUUGGGUACCCGCUUCCAAGCGCCGCGAGAGGCAACAGCAAUUCGCCUCUAUCCAACAAUAA